AUGGGGAACGGUAUUAGUAAGGAGGUGCUAGUCUUGAGAAGGAGGCGCGAGGGGGGAACGGUGAGGGUGGGGACAUGGAAUCUGAACUACUGCGGCCGCCAUCAGCCGUGUGUGAACGGUGGAACCUGCAUGAACACGGAACCAGACGAGUAUUACUGCGCCUGCCCUCAGGGAUACUCUGGGAAGACCUGCCAGAUCGUGGAGCACGCCUGCGUCUCUGAUCCCUGCGCCAACGGAGCCACAUGCCACGAGGUUCUGACGGGCUUCGAGUGUCACUGUCCCCCCGGCUGGAGCGGGCCCACCUGCGCUAACGACCUGGACGAGUGUGCGUCCAGCCCGUGUGCUCAGGGCGGGACGUGUAUCGAUCUGGAGGACGGCUUUGAGUGCGUUUGUCCCCCGCAGUGGGAAGGAAAGACCUGCCAGAUCGAUGUUAAUGAGUGCAAAAGCCAGCCCUGUGUCAAUGCUCUUUCUUGCAAAAAUGUGAUUGGUGGAUUUUACUGCGUCUGUUUUCGGGGCUGGUCUGGACAGAACUGUGGCAUCAAUUUAAACGGCUGCCACGGACAGUGUCAGAAUGGAGCAACUUGCAAGGAGGUUCCGCGGGGGUACCAGCAGGGCUACCAGGUGGGGUACCAGCGAGGGUACCAGUGCCUGUGCCCUCCCGGCUUCGGUGGCGCUCACUGUGAGACGCAGCGGAGUUCGUGCCACAGCCAGCCGUGCCACAACAACGGCAGAUGCCACGCGACGCUGGACGGCUUCCAGUGCGAGUGCCCGUCUGAGUUCACCGGACAGCUGUGCGAGAGACCCACCUGGUCGCCCGCAGACUCCUGUGACUCUGGACCCUGUGAGAACGCAGCCACGUGUCACAGCAUGGGCCAAGACUUCUACUGCGCCUGUCCCGAGGGCUACAGGGGAAAGACCUGCUCCACGCUGAAGGAGACCUGCCAGACCUCCCCCUGCCAAGUGAUUGACAGCUGCACCAUCACCGUGGCGACCAACGACUCGUCCACGGUGCAGCACAUUCCGUCGAACGUCUGCGGUCCGCGAGGGAUCUGUGUGAGCCACGACAGCGGGAACUUCAGCUGCAUCUGCGACCAGGGCUUCAGCGGCUUCUACUGCCACGAGAACAUCAACGACUGUGUGAGUAACCCGUGUCAGAACAGCGGCACCUGCAUCGACGGCAUCAACUCCUUCCAGUGCGUGUGUCCGGACGGGUGGGAGGGGCUUCUCUGUGACCUCAACGUGAACGAGUGCAGACACAGCCCAUGUAAGAACGGCGGCCGCUGCGUGGAUCUGGUGAACGACUUCUACUGCGAGUGCGCCGACAGCUGGAAGGGCAAGACCUGUCAUUCCCGAGAAAGCCAAUGCGACGCCACCACCUGCAGUAACGGCGGCACCUGCUACGACCACGGAGACACCUUCCGCUGCGCGUGCCCCUCAGGAUGGGGCGGCAACACCUGCAACACCGCAGAGUUAGCAAAGUUAGAAGACUUGGAAGAGUUAGCCGAGUUAGCCGAGUUAGAGGAGUUUGCCGAGUUAGAGGGGUUUGCCGAGUUAGAGGGGUUUGCCGAGUUAGAGGGGUUUGCCGAGUUAGAGGGGUUAGCCGAGUUAGAGGGGUUAGCCGAGUUAGAGGGGUUAGCCGAGUUAGAGGGGUUAGCCGAGUUAGAGGGGUUAGCCGAGUUAGAGGGGUUAGCCGAGUUAGAGGGGUUAGCCGAGUUAGAGGGGUUUGCCGAGUUAGAGGGGUUAGCCGAGUUAGAGGGGUUUGCCGAGUUAGAGGGGUUAGCCGAGUUAGAGGGGUUAGCCGAGUUAGAGGGGUUAGCCGAGUUAGAGGGAUUUGCCGAGUUAGAGGGGUUUGCCGAGUUAGAGGGGUUUGCCGAGUUAGAGGGGUUUGCCGAGUUAGAGGGGUUUGCCGAGUUAGAGGGGUUUGCCGAGUUAGAGGGGUUAGCCGAGUUAGAGGGGUUUGCCGAGUUAGAGGGGUUUGCCGAGUUAGAGGGGUUUGCCGAGUUAGAGGGGUUUGCCGAGUUAGAGGGGUUUGCCGAGUUAGAGGGGUUUGCCGAGUUAGAGGGGUUUGCCGAGUUAGAGGGGUUUGCCGAGUUAGAGGGGUUAGCCGAGUUAGAGGGGUUUGCCGAGUUAGAGGGAUUUGCCGAGUUAGAGGGGUUUGCCGAGUUAGAGGGGUUUGCCGAGUUAGAGGGGUUUGCCGAGUUAGAGGGGUUUGCCGAGUUAGAGGGGUUUGCCGAGUUAGAGGGGUUUGCCGAGUUAGAGGGAUUUGCCGAGUUAGAGGGGUUUGCCGAGUUAGAGGGGUUUGCCGAGUUAGAGGGGUUUGCCGAGUUAGAGGGGUUUGCCGAGUUAGAGGGGUUUGCCGAGUUAGAGGGGUUUGCCGAGUUAGAGGGGUUUGCCGAGUUAGAGGGGUUAGCCGAGUUAGAGGGGUUAGCCGAGUUAGAGGGGUUUGCCGAGUUAGAGGGGUUUGCCGAGUUAGAGGGGUUAGCCGAGUUAGAGGGGUUUGCCGAGUUAGAGGGGUUUGCCGAGUUAGAGGGGUUUGCCGAGUUAGAGGGGUUUGCCGAGUUAGAGGGGUUUGCCGAGUUAGAGGGGUUUGCCGAGUUAGAGGGGUUUGCCGAGUUAGAGGGGUUUGCCGAGUUAGAGGGGUUUGCCGAGUUAGAGGGUCCAUGUUUGAGCGGAGGCACGUGUGUGGGCGGCGGGGACACCUUCACCUGCAUCUGUAAGGAAGGCUGGGAAGGCCCCACCUGUGAGCAGAAUAUUAACGACUGCAAUCCUCACCCAUGUGCCCUCUCUGGAGCGGCCAUGUCGGACCCACGGGACAUCGAUGAGGACGCCAUCCUCAAGGGCAUGAGCGCCGAGGAGCUGGACCAGCUGGAGUACGAGCUGCAGGAGAUGGAUCCUGAGACCCGGAGCUCGCACGCCGCCGGCUGCAGCGCGGUGUGUGGGAACAGCAGAGGGUCCAGGGCGGGGUCUCUGGAACUAUCUGAGACAGGACACUAG